CUGCAACAUCUCAACUCAAUUCUCCCACAACCUGCACUCUCCCCUUCAGCCUCCAUGCCCAUUUUCUCUCUUCCCAAUCAUCUAUCUGUCAUAAUUUACCUCAAAAUAUCCCUAUUUCCUAGAAUAUGCCCGUCUUUUACAUGAACAACUUCAAGCCGUGGGCUUGUCCUUACAGGAAGCCAUCCUCACCAAACAAAUCACCCAAUCCAUGCACCUCAAGAACCCAAAAAUCCCCCCGCCCCAAGCCUUAUCAUGAUUUCUGUCACGGCGCUCUACUAGGAUAAUGGAACAUCCAACUCAUGGGUUCUACCUAGGUAGCUAUCGAC